AUGACGACUCCGGCUCCUACUACGCCCAAGGCGCCUCGAAAUGGCCGACGUUACCAGAAGCGCACUCCUUCGGCGAAAUCCGCUGCUGCCGACCCCUCACAUCAGCCUGAUAAGACCAACACCCCGGCAGCUAGCCGAGACUCGAAUGUCGCCAGUGACUCGGGAAACCAUGGGCCUGAGAGCGCGGUCAAGGCGAAGAAUGGCCGGUCCGCGAAAAAGAACAGAGAUAAUAACAAGAAUUCGCCGGCUCCAGCUCGAAAUGCGAACCAUGCCCAUGGCCAUGGUCACCGUCAUACCUCCUCCCAGUCUUCUAUCAAAGAUAGCCCUCACUAUGCGGGACCAACGUUCCAUGCAUCUCCCGCACCAUCAGCUCUCCCAAUACCAUCGUUUUUUUCAAAAUCAGUGCCGGAAACUGAUCAUCGAACUUCAGACGACCUCCAGGAUGAGUCACCAGACACUGAUCCGGGAGAUAGUACGCCCACAAAGGCCAAUAAUGGCCCUCAGCCUUCUCAACAGGAAGCCGGUACAGCUUCCCCUCUCGAUUUUCUUUUCAAGGCCGCAUUGAAGGCGAGGGUUGCCAACCCCGUCAGCGAGCUCGAGGACUCGGGCCCUUUUAAUGCAUCUACGCCGCCAAAAAACGAAGCACGUCCGCAGCAAGGGGAAAGACAGGUCAGCGGCGGUGUGUUUCCUUUAGAAUUAGAAGGCUCGGAUGCACGAAUGCCACCGAUUGGCCCCUCCUUUGCAACCUCGUUUAAAGAUCGGAUGAAUGCGUUGCGUGCAACUAGCCCAGGGAAACAAGGAACACCUGCCGCAGCAAAGGAUAACAUUAAUGACAACAAAAUCAAAAGCCAAGCUCUCAAAAACCUACUUCUUAACCCCCCUCCGCAGCGCGCAGCGUCAGCGUCCCCGAGACUCACGGAUCCAUCGAAUGGCGCCAGCAACCACAAUAAUAGUAAUAACAACAAUUUCAGGAUGUCCGGGGACUACUCUAUGUACCAGCAACCCACUCGAUAUGCAUCUGGCCCUGCUUCACCUGUGCCGUUUACCCACUCCGGUAAACCCCUAGGCACCCGCAACGAGCUGAGCGGCCCGGAGAGCAGCAGUAUUCCACAGCAGUAUUUGGCAUCACUAUGUGCCCAGCCUCACCGUGCACCGUCUUCCGGCUUGCGAACUAUGGUGUCUCCCACCAGCCCGGUCACUCCGCCUCGUCAACAGUCCUUCUCGCGAUAUGCACAGUUCGGACUCGGCAGUGCUCCUCCGGCGCAUUCAAGCUACAAUGGGGGUACUCUUACAUCACCAACUCCCAACCGAACAAUGCACCCAAUCUCUUCUACGCCUCCUGCGAGAAACGGCCCUCCGCCAAAACUGGAUUCAGCGGAAACCAAACGAAUGGAAGAUGACUUACGGCGUAUCGUUCGUAUCAUCUGCGAUGUCAACCUGGGCUACGGAAACAUGUUUGUUAUGGUUAUGGUUUUCAAUCGGGUUCCCAAGGUACAGCAACGCACCACUUGGCUCAGCAUGGCGUCAGAUGAGGAUGGAUGA